GGGUCUUUUGUAAAACUAUUUUACAUCUUAGUCUCAUCGUGAUUACAAUACUUAGAUUACGCACCAUCUCCCAGACUUUCAGUCCAUUUAAAUUAAUGAAGUUCCACACGCUAUUUAUGUUUGUCUGACUAAAAUGUCAAUUACGAUACGGCUAUUAAAAUACUCUAUCAUCUAUAUUAUCACCAUUUUCAUAUAAGCUACAUAUAAACUUAGGUACUGAAUUAUUGAUGUUAUGCUAUGUCAUCAUCGCAAUAAAACUAGCAAUAAAAAUAUGAUUCUCAACUUAAACAUUCAUUUAAAAGCACUCUUUGAAAGAGUUUUGAGCUAUGAGUUUUUUUUGACAGCCAGCAUCAGUUAAAAUUCGUGAUCGUGGGUUACGGUGCGCUCUACAUUACUGCGCAUCGAGCGGCGCAGGCGCAUCUCAAGGAGCGCGCGCGGCUUGCGCGGAUCGUGUGCUGAUGGCAGCACCAGAUUUGGCCACCGUAAGAGAUGCUGAUGGUCUCACUCCGCUUCACUUAGCGGUAGUACACGGAAACGUACCACUCGUGCAAGCACUGCUAGCAGCCGGCGCCGACGUAAACGCACAGGAUGAUGAACAACACACUGUUGUACACUGGGCUACAGUGUGUGGCGAAGUAGGCGCUUUGCGAGCAGUUCUGGCUGCGGGAGCAGAUGCUGCUACCCCGGACCAACACGGAGGGUACCCUCUGCACUAUGCUGCGCAAAUGUGUGGUGCGCCUGCGGCCACUGACCAUCAGAGUCGCGGAGCAGCAUUGGAAGUAUUGCGUGCACUAGUGCGCGAAGGAGGUGCACGCGUGGACGUCCGUGACGCGGACGGACGUACGCCGUUGUUGUGGGCAGCAUCUGCCGGCUCCGCGGCCGCUGUGCUCGCGCUGCAUCAAGCAGGCGCAAGAGUCGAUGACGCCGACCGCGAUGGGCUCACAGCAUUGCAUUGUGCAUCAGCUAGGGGUCACACAGAGGCGCUAGAAACCUUGGUUGGUCUCUGCGGAGCACGUGUUGAUGUAGCAGAUUCGCACGGAUGCACACCACUACAUUAUGCUGCAGCGCUUGGCCAUGCUGAUGCUACUGCAGCUUUGCUGGAACAUGGCGCUGACGCACAUCGUCAGGAUAGACGGGGUCGUAGCCCUGCGCAUACAGCCGCCGCUAAGGGUCAGAUUGAGACUGUACGAAUACUAGGCGCAAGGGGCGCAAAUUUGUGGUUACGUAACUCUAAAGGUGAUCUCCCACUUCAUGAAGCUGUUGCAUCAGGUCGAAGAGAAUUGGUUAAAUGGCUGUUGGAUGGAAGACCUUCACAAGUUAAUGCAGCCAAUCAUGAAGGCCGCACUCCUUUGCAUAUUGCAGCAGCAACAGAUAAUGCUGAUCUUUGUCGCCUUCUAUUAGAUCGUGGAGCAGAAGUAAAUUUAGUAGCGAGGUCAUCAAAAAAUGAACCUUUAACUCCACUAGAUUGUGCAACAACUCGAGGUCAUAGAUCCACAGCAAAAUAUUUACAAAUGCACGGAGGUUUGCCGGCUUCAAAAUUAGCAAAUACACAAAUCGUUAUUGACAAUGGCUCUAUAACAGGUUUGCCAACUCGAAGGGUAACUAGCACUAAAAUCGAUGUUAGAGAUAAAAUAAGAAUAGAGAAACGUGAAGUAGUGGAACUAACAAGUCCAAUUACGGAAAGACGCCAAAUAAAAGAUAGAAGUGAUAGUGGUUCAACAUCUUCCUCGUCAUUAGAUAGAAAGAAAUCUAAAAGAAGAUCAAAUGGUAAGUAUUCUGAAAGACAUCAUGGACGACGAAAAAAACUAAUGGAAAGUCAAAAAAGUUUCAGUGAUGGAUAUGAUUCUGAGUAUGAAGGAUACAGCAAGGAUAAGUAUAACUCAAAAAAAUCGAAACGAAGUUCGAGAAAAAGUCGAUCAAAAAGUGAGCCAUCUCGUGGGAAUGGUAGUAGUGCAAAACAUCAUCGUCGUUACAAAUCAGGAUCUGAAAGUUCUUCAGAGGAAGAAAGCUAUUCAGAAAGAAAAAAAAGGCACAGAAAACGUAGCAAAAGGAAAUCAAGCUCUCUCUCUGAAAGCAGUAGCUCAGAAUCUAGUGAACGUCGAAAUAUGAAAAGAAAAGGGAAAAAGACAUCAAUACAUAUAGAGCAUGAUGAUGAAAAGCAAAGUGUUAAUAUAGUUAAAUACAAAAGAACAGAUUCACCUCAACAAUCUGAUCAAAAGGAUAAUAAAGAACAAAACGAAUCUAUAGAAGAAAAUGCAGAUUUAAACAAAACGGAAACAUCACUUACUAAAACCAAAAAUUUAAGCGAAACCGAAACUGAUACCGUUUCUGUGAAAACUAAUAUGAUUGUCACCGAAGCACAAAUACAUAUGGAACGUGAAUCUAGUCAGCAUGGAAGUUCAGAGUUAACAGUAACAGUUGAUUCAUCAAAUAACGUAUCGAUUGAAACAUCGAAUUUAUCAGUUAAUCAUAAGGAUCUAAACGAUCUUAAGAAAACAGCAGAUGAUGAAGCUAAAGGCCCAGCUGACAAAUUAAUUCAAUUAUCUAUUGAGGAUCAAAGUUCAGCAAAAAUUACUCAUACCGAACAAAAACAAGUUGAGGAAUUAUCAGGGGACACAAAUGAACACGGUUCUGUGAAUAUUAAACAACAAGAAGAACAAACCCAAGCGAUCUCGGAAGCUCACGAUUCUAACAAUAUCAAUAUUGAGAAUAAAAAUAAUCCAUUACAGGAAUCAACCAAAGAAGAAGAUUCGGUUCAAUCACCGCAAUUAAAUAAGGACAGCAAAGAGAGUGAUUUAGCCAACGAAGAUGCUAUAGUAAGUACAGUAACAACUAAUUCUCCAUUAGAACGAAUGAGAAAAAAAUCAUUUCAAGUUUUGUCUGGUCCUGAUGAAGAUAUACUAAAUAAAGAACUCGAAAUAAAUCUGGAAGGACUAACUAAUAAAUCUGAAAGGACUGAAGGUCUAGAAAAAAAAGAAUCAUUAGAAAAAAGCAGUUCACCGGUGGUUUCUUUUGCAAAUAAAGACGAAAUUUUUGAAAGCAAAGAUUCCGAAAAACAGCCGGAUAAUUUAAUGGGAGAAUAUGUUGAUCAUUCUGAUAUUAAUUUGGAAGAAGAAAAAUUAAUUAAAGGUGAAAAUAAAGAUAGCAGUGAAAGUAAUAUAUUGAGUCCUGAAGAAAAACGAAACCAGUAUGCUUCAACUACGGGUAGUAGUACUGAAAUUAGUAUUGAUAGAAGUGGAGAAAAAGGAAUUGUUACAAUAAUAGAGAGUAAAUCGCCCUCAACAGACCGCGCUUUACAGCAAGUAAUAAUGGAAAAUGUGACAGAAGAAUAUGACAUAAACUUACCACUAGCAGGUUCUCCAAAACGAACUAGAAAGUCUUCCAAAGAUAGCCAAGUCAGUAGCAGAAAAGGAAGCAUAUAUGAAACUGAGAGUUACAAAGUACUCUCCGAUGUGGUUAGUGCACCUGAAGCAACUACAAGUAUUCUGAAAAAAACAUUUCAAAAAGAAGAUGCCUCUAUAGAAGAUGAUAAGGACAUUUUUGACAGUGAGCUAUUGACCAAAGAUACUUCCCUUGGAAGAGUACCUAGUGUAAGUGACAAUGAAAUAUAUAGUCAAUCUGAAGCUAACAGUCGUAGAAAGAGAUUUCGUAAGAAAGGUCGUACAAAAAGCCGUACUACAAUAAGAUCAAAAAGUGAAAAUUCUGAAAGAGGUUACGAGUCUAGUGGUUUUAUGGAUUCUGGUUUCGAACCUAGCCCUAGAGCAUUACAACGUCGUAUUAUGAGUCCCCGUCUUGCAGCUUACUAUCAACAAAGGAACGCUAGCGGAAGGUAUUCAGGGAAAUCGGAUAGUAGAAUACCUGUACGAAAACCAGGGGAUAAACGUGCUGUUGAUAUGAAAUCUGUUACUCAACGGAUACAGACUAACAUGAGAAGAUAUUAUUGUGAAAGGAAGAUCUUUCAACACCUAUUUGAACUCAAACGUUUACAAAUUAGAACCAGUAAAACUAAUGAAGCCGUUCUUGUGAAACGAGCUAUUGAUGAAUACAAUAAAUCUAGCUUAGCUUCUGUAGGCGUGGGACCAUACAACAAUCCAGAAUAUUCAUUUAGUAGCUUUGAGAAAUUUUUAUACGAUAGUUUGAGAAAAUUGCAAAAGAGUGGUAAAAAGUAUUUGGACAACUUGCCAGAAAAGCCUAUUGAUUUUGAUUACGGAGAAAGUGAAUUGUACAAAAUGAGUGCUAUCCCAGAUAAUCCCUGUCUUUGCACCAAUAAAACCCAUCGAUGUUUCCAUGCAGUACAUGCUUACACCGGCAUACCUUGUUCAGCAUAUAGUAAGUAA